CAUGCAUAUAACAUGAUAACCCAGCAAAGAUGCUGGCGCGGCGUUAUAUAGUGUUUGGUCCAGAUCCACAGAACGAGGGUCAUGUACAUGUACGCGGCCAUUUUGUUCUACUUCUAAUGAUAUCACUGCUUCGAGCUCGACCUAAAAAUGGCACUAACUUUCGGCAAAUCUUUCAAAAUUUACCACAAAGUAGAACCACCGUAUUCUGUGAUCUUGGAAACAAGAAAAAGGCAAGAGACCCUUCUCUUCGAAUCCGAUGCUGUGGCUGUCCUAAGCCAGGCAGAGACUGAAGCUUUAAAGAGACAGUAUCAGAAGUUGGUGGAUGGAUAUGGCUGUCUUGGUGUUCUCAAGCUUAAUAUUGGGGAGCAGACUAUCCUGUACCUAGUCAUUGUCACUGGAUGUGUCUCUGUCGGCAAGGUUGCAUCAUCAGAAAUCUUCCGCAUCACAGCAACAUCUUUUAUUUCACUGCGCCAUGAUCCGGGUGAUGAGGAACGAAUCACUGAAGUCCGAAAGCUUCUGAGUUCUGGCACCUUCUACUUUGUCUGGUCCAGUUCCUCUCAGCAGCCUCAGUUUGACCUGAGUCUGUGUGCUCAGCGCCAGAAUCAGGAUCACUCAACAGAUAACAGAUUUUUCUGGAAUCGAACCCUUCACUUGCAUCUCCAGCGAUACAACGUCAACUGUGAGGAUUGGCUGUUGGUCAUCAUGUGUGGUGGUGUUGAGAUUCGCACAAUCUACUGUGGCACACGACAGGCCAAGGCAUGCCUGAUAUCAAGGCUCAGCUGUGAAAGAGCCGGCACGCGAUUCAAUGUUCGUGGAACCAAUGACGAUGGACAGGUGGCUAACUUCUGUGAAACUGAACAGGUGAUCUUCUUAGAUGAUGUGAACAUCUCUUCAUUUGUUCAGACUCGGGGGUCUGUGCCAUUGUUCUGGGAACAGCCUGGGUUACAGGUUGGCUCACAUCGCGUUAGAAUGGCCAGGGGUUAUGAGGCUUCGGCACCGGCCUUUGAUAGGCACAUAUCCAUGAUCAAGACUCAGUAUGGCGAUCAAGUCAUUGUCAAUCUUCUUGGGAGCAAAGAAGGGGAGGACCUACUUAGCAAGGCAUUCCAGAACCACCACAAGAACUCUCCGCAUGCUCAGGAUAUUCCCCACAUUCUCUUUGAUUAUCACCAAAUGUCCCGCCAACGAGACUAUCUUCGAAUCCUUCAGUCCAAAGUUCAGAAGUACUUGAAUGUAUUUGACUUCUUCCACUUGGAGAAAGGGGAUAGUAUUAGAAAUGUGCAGACUGGUACCAUAAGAACAAACUGUCUAGACUGUUUGGAUAGGACCAAUGCUGUCCAAGCUUUUUUUGGACUACUGAUGAUUCCAAGACAGUUGGAAGCCUUUGGCCUGGUCAAUAAACCUCAGAUGCUGUCACGUUUUGAGGAGGUUUAUAGGAACAUCUGGGGUCUGAAUGGAGAUCAUGUGAGUCGCAUCUAUGCAGGCACAGGAGCUUUGGAAGGUAGAACAAGGGCUGGCAAAUUGAGAGAUGGUGCUCGCUCAGUUACUCGGACCAUCCAGAAUAAUUUUUUCGAUGGCAGCAAACAGGAAGCCAUUGACAUUCUGUUGCUAGGCAACUCACUGGUAGGCGAAUUGGCAGAUAAAGCUGGCUCCCUUCUACCCAAGAGUCAUCUUCAUGCUUCACCCAGCAUUCUCCGCACCAUCUGUGAGCGAGAAGAGGACAUUACUGAUGCUAUGCCACUCAGGAUAGGAGUAGGAACAUGGAAUGUGAAUGGUGGACGACACUUCAGGAGUAUUGCUUACAAAGACCAAUCAAUGACAGAUUGGUUACUGGAUAACCCUAAGGUCAUACAGUACACAAGACAAGGUUGUUCUGAAGAAGGAGAUGACUUCAGCAAACCUGUGGACAUGUAUGCCAUUGGAUUUGAAGAAAUGGUUGACCUCAAUGCAGGAAACAUUAUCAAUACCAGUACAAGCAAUCAAAAGCAGUGGAGUAUGGAAUUACAGAAAACCUUAUCCAGGAACCACAAGUACAUCCUCCUCACUUGUGAACAACUUGUUGGCGUAUGCCUAUACAUCUUCAUACGACCUCACCAUGCGUCUCAUAUCAGGGAUGUUGGCGUAGAGACAGUCAAAACAGGCAUGAAGGGUGCAGCAGGCAACAAGGGCGCAGUAGCCAUUCGAUUCUUGUUCCACUCCACUUCCCUCUGCUUUGUCUGUGGCCACUUUGCAGCUGGCCAGUCCCAAGUCAAAGAUCGCAAUGAUGACUAUGCUGAGAUCACCAGGAAAAUCAUGUUCCCCAUGGGUCGGACGUUAGAAACUCAUGACUAUGUCUUCUGGUGUGGGGAUUUCAACUAUCGCAUUGACAUGGACAAAGACCAGCUGAAGGAGUUUAUUGCCCAAGAGAAAUAUGAGGCUCUGAAGGCAUAUGAUCAGUUGCUACAACAAAAGAAAGAAGGAAAUGUGUUUCAAGGUUUUCAUGAGGGUAAUAUCCAGUUUGCACCAACCUACAAGUAUGACCUCUUUUCCAAUGAUUAUGACACAAGUGAGAAGAAUCGCUGCCCGGCUUGGACAGAUCGUGUCCUGUGGAGGCGUCGCAAGCGUAGAUUCCAAAAGAAGACCAAAGGGGAAGACAAUUUGAGUUAUUGUGCUCCAGGAAGAAUAUUGCAUUAUGGCAGGGCAGAACUGAAAGUCUCUGAUCACAGACCAGUGUUUGCUAUCAUUGAGGUGGAAGUCCUGAAGAUAAAUGACCAGAAAUGCUCCAGCAUCUACCAUGAUGUUGUCUUUGAGCAAGGUCCACCAGAUGGCACAAUAAUCCUCACCUUGACAGCCCUAAGAAGACCAGAAGCAUGUGACUUUGAUGAUGACACUGUAGAUCAAGUUUUGGAAUUGUUAGGGCAAGUUGGGGAAGCUGUACUUGUCAGGUUUGUAGAGACCAGCAUGGUUGUUACAUUUAAAGAUGGAUACAGUGCUCUGUCAGCAAGGACUUUGGAUGGAACUGAGAUUGGUGACAAGGAGCUUCAUGUUACAUUGAUGACAGAAGACUGGGUUAACAAUUUGGAGAAGGAACUAGCCAUGUGUGCACCUAAUACUGAGCGACUAUUCAAUCCUGUGAGCAAUAGCCUGCUAGGGGAAGGUUUUGACAUUCCGUCGAUGAGCUUUGACAUGGAUGAUGAGGAUACUGAAUGCUUUGAAGAGCUUGAGGAAGCCCCACCCCUCCCCGCUCCUUUGAUCCCCCAGGUAGUUACCUCCCGCCCUAAUACCCCUCAGGGCGAGGUGGCAGACCUGGCUGCUAAGCCUACCCUGCCCAAACCAUCCAGGCCACCACCCCCAAACAGGCCCACCAACCCACCCUCCAGGCCCUUAGCCCCGGCUUCUAAGCAAGUUUGCCCGCCCGAGCCAGAGGUAGCUGUGACUCCAAUAGGGAAGCUGGAGAUUGGUAUGGUGACAAAAGAGCAAGUGGAAAACGUGUCAGCAGUCCCUCCUUCUCGGCCAGUUGUCCCACCCCCUAGGCCAGGGGUACCACCUCCUAGGCCAAAUACAGUACCUUCAAGACCAACUCCUAGCCUAACAAACAAGUCAUCUACCUUAGGCCAGACAAGUGGAAUCAGCAAACCAUUUGAGGUCAGCCAUACAGCCCAUGCCACCUCAGAAGCAGAGGCAAGGAAACUUCUCCAAGACCUUGGGAUGGAUGGACCUGCCUCUCAAAUUCUUGCCCCUUCCCCAACAGAAACCAACUUGCGUCAAGUGCACAGCUCUGGGGACCUACAUGUAGUGGGGUCCAUUGGGGAACAAGGUGCCCUACCAAAGCAAAAUGCCAGUAAGGGAAAUCUGGAAAGUUGGGACAAUGAAGUCAAUGAGAGACUCAGUGGUAGGUUCCAGCAACCGCUAGCACCAAUUCCUGUUCCCCGGCGCCCUGUUCCUAGGCCAAGGAGUGCUGUUAUGCCAAGUACCAUCUGUGUUGGAGAGAAUGUGAUCACUGAGGUCAAAUCAUUAGGAGAGGAAUCAGCUAAGGAAACCAUUGGAAGUGCUCCUGCACCUGUUCCUGUGACGAGGCCAAGGAAAGCCAAGUUAGAGGCCAAACCUGAGGCAUGUCUUGAUGCUGAUGGGUUGUCUGAUACUGAAGAGGAGUUACCUAUGCCCUCCUUGCCUCCACCUACUCUACCCCCUCCCUCUUUGCCACCACCUCCAGUUCCAAAGGCACGACCAGUCCAAUCUGCAUCAGUUGACAGACAUACAAAAGGUGAUCAUUUACUAAAUUCAACAAUUCCUCCACCAGUUCCUGCUUCCAGGCCCCAAAGAUUGCAGACAGAAGUCUUGGAGAGGAAUGUGAGUGCGUCUCCUGCCAGUGAACAUGGAACACUAGAAAACCCAGUUUUCAACAUCAUCAAUGACAAGUGGGAGGCCUUCCCAGAUCAGACAAACAGCAACAACAGUACUUGCACAGGUAAUGGCAGCCAGGUCCUAGAUGAUCGGCCCCUAGUGCUGAUAGCUCCUGCACGGACAGCUCCACCGAUUCCAGCAGCUCGUUCAAGCAUCGGUGUGCCAGAUGCUUUGCUUCUUGAUAUGGACGUUGAGCCCCAAUUACCACUGGUGGCUCCCCCACCUGUUCCUCCUAGUAGACCAGGUCAACCUUUGACCAGAAACACUUCUGUUAGUGCUGUAUCCCAAGACAUGCGGAAUGAUGCAGCUGAUAGUACCAUGUCCAUUCUCACAGCAGCUCCACCCCCAUUGCCAGCAAGACCAAAGGUUGGUCCUCCCUGAUUUUUUUCUACUUUUGAACUGUGCAUUUUAUACUUGCCAAAGGGGCGGGGUUAAAAUUUCAGCUUGAUAUCUGUCUUUGGCAUCAAGACCCAUUUUUAUCUCUAAUCACCCAAAUGCAGCUCAUUUUUUCUACUGCAGAAACAGUGUUUAAUGUGAAACCCAAGUUUUUUUCUAUUUGGGUUUAAUAGUGUUUAAAAUCAAUUACAGAGCUCAAGAUGGAGCUGAGAAUCAAGGCUGUCAUCUGUUACAAAUGCAUUGAACUGAUCACAGAGGAUUGCUUAGUCCAAAUGAAAGGAAUUUUACAACCUACCUAAAUCACCUUAGCAGCUGCCUAAUUUACACAGGUAUACUAGUGCACAAUAGUUUGGUGAUGUUUAGUGGUAUUGCUGAUUUCCAUGCUGUCAUUUACCAUCCCAUGAAGUGAAAUUGUGGUGCAGUCACGUCACUGGCCUUCAUUCUCAACAAGGACUCUAUAGAUUAAUGUGAAAGGGUCAUUCAUUAGUCAAUAGUGGUCACUUUCAUGAAAAACACAGAAAAGGAUUCUUUUCCUUCAUUUUUUCGAUCAAUUACAUGUAAAGGACAUAUGGGCUAAUCAGUCUGCUCAAAACAGCUCCCUGUUGGUUUCUUUACACAUUAAGUGCAAAGCUCAACUAGUGGUCAUAUCUGUCACUUUGUGAAAUGCAAAAUGGUAUUGCUGUUCAAGAUUUUUAAUUGAAUCCAGCCACAUUUGUUUCGUUCACUAAUGUCAAGUUACAGGGUAAUAAAAUUGGAUUUGUUUUUAAUCUUUAAAAAAUGCAUAUUCAACUGUGACUUCCCACAACUUGCUUUUCAUGCAAGUCAUUGCAAACCCUUCAAAGGUCUUUACUUUUCUUGUGUACGUAAAAUCGUGUGACCCUUAUUUCUGGUCAAAAGUGGAAGUGCUUUUUAAUUUAAAAUUGCUAAUAGAUGUGAACCUACAUGUACUUUCAACAAUGUUAGUCUCUGACACAGUAGCAUUCUUUAUAACGUGUACUGGUGAUGUCACGCAGUACUUAAGCACCCUCUGGUGACCGGUUGAAAAAAUUCUGAAAUCUGCUUUGAAUAGAUGUCUGUAGUGAAGUUUGCUGGAAUCACUUGAAAAUUUGUGUAUGGAAUGAUCUUUAUGCCUGCAAAGUUAGUGCAAAAUUUGGGCUGACGACGUUGUCAGACCAGGAGUUAUAAUGAAAUUAAACAUUUAAUUCUUCAAAAGUGGCUACAACAACAAACCUGAUAGUAAUAGUCUGUAAUUGCCCAUCUAAUAAUAGAUUAAAUAUCUGCGUCCAUUGUCCAAGGUUUUGUGCUUGUCAUAUUUUUCAUAUGCACAACCUGCCGAUGAUGAAACUACCUCAUUGCCAUUCGCUGCUAAUACUGGCAAUGCAGUCCGUGGAGUUUAGACCUAUAUGCUUCGUUCAUGUACAUGUAAUGUGCAAUAUGAAGCCAUAGCAGUUCAUCAAAAUCUUUGACACCAUGCCAACCCAACCUCGUGGCAGUGAAAGCAAGUGUGCAUGUAUUCUUGCAUUUUGCAAAAAGGCAGGCAAAAAUUUGUUAUGGUAAAACCAAGUCUGCUUGAAGUUGUAUUGAAUGGACAGAUCUGAAUGUGAUUUUGGCCAAUUGGGUGCCUGUAAAAGUACUGGUACUGCACAUGUACAUGCAUGUACUUAGAGAAAACCAUGCAUGUACUUAGAGAAAACUGUGUAAAAAAUUGAAGAUAAUUAUAUAAGAUUGGUGAUUCUCAAUUUUGUGUGAGGAUUUCUAUUAGCUACAUCGAACACAACAUGGUCUAGUGCAAGCAGUGUACAUUUAGGCGUUCUGGCAAUGACAUCAUCAAAUCAGCCUGGGAAGCUGAAUGGCCCAAAGGGGACUUUUUGUUGGCGGGGAAAUGCAGGAUCUUUUUAUUCAUUUUGGGGUCACAAUUAAUGGGGAUAACAUUGAAUGCUGUUUUUGAACUGGUUACGUAUUUAUUGUUACUUGUAUUUUGAAAUACUUCACAUGAACUAAAUAUUUUCAAUUUCUCUUAACCUUUAAUAAACUGCAUGGCAUUUCCAAUGUACAAUUGUCGAGCAAAUACAUAUAACGUGUGUUAAGGAACAGCUUUAAGUUUGAGGUUUUUGGCCCUUAAUCACAAGGGGUAGUGGCUUAGCCUGUUAGUGGUGACUGCCUAAUUGUAUGCCCAUUCUUGGCACACAUGCACAGCACUGGUGGAUACUAUGUUGUGGUCUUCUGUACAGAAGUCUUUCUCACAGUAGACUUGAAAUUACCAAACCUUCAAACUUUUUUGCCAAGUUUACCAAACAUUGGGGAUACAUUAAUAAGGUGUGGUCAGAUUGGUGUCAAGUCACCUAGCAACCAUGGGGGGUCAUUUUCUUGAAAAUUUCAAAAUGCUUUGGCCAUGUUAUUCAUUUAGUGAAGGCCAAACUUGGGCAGUUCCUCACCACUAGCAGUCAUUUCACAAAAAAAUUUAAAAGACCUCUAUUGCAUCAUCAUUAACCCUAACAGUCCUCAAUCCUUCACCUGUUGGAGGACUGAGGACUAUUAGGGUUGAGCAAAUUCUUAGCUGCACUUGCUCAAAGGCUUCCUUGUGUGAAGCCCUGUAUAGUUGAAUGUGUGAUCCAGUAUAUAACCCCCUGCUGUUGCGCUCUCAUUCAUCAUUCUUUUUAUUUGAUGCUCAUUGUGUAUCCUGUUUGUAUUAUGUAAUUUCUUUUGUCUUGUCUUGUUUGUUUCUUGUCAUGGCAUGCCUGAUACAAGCUUUGCUUUCAAGGUGUUGCCACCUCUAGUGGCCCAUCUCAUACAUUAAUAGUACUUAUACUUUGCCAUGAGGAGGAAAUAAUUGUAAUUGAACUGAAUAUUGAAUUGAAAUUGAAAUUGGGGUAAAGGUCACCCGGUGUCAGAAUGUGGUGUUUUUUAAAUAGACAAAUAUGGCUUUGUUUUUUCACUUUUUCCAAAGAUUUAUGCCAACCUAACAGUUUGUUAUAGGCUGCUUGCACAUUUCGUGUGGACUGUUUGCAGAUUUGGAGAAAUGGUCAUCAAGUGGUUUGUGAAGUUAUUUUUGGAAAAACACAGGAGAUUCUUUGUUUUGUGGUCUUUUAAAGUGAAUUCAUCUACAUACAUCCAUCUACAUCUCCAUGUAUGCGUAUGUGAAGGUAUUAAAAUUGACAUGCAUGGAAAAUUGAUGUGUUGAUUAAAUAUAACUGUUGCAAAAUACCAUAUGUGGAAACAGUAAUAUGUUUAGUCCUUAGAUAAGAUAUUCCUAGGAAACCUUUUUCAGCAUAAAGGUAGUAAUUUGCUAAAUUCCCAUCUAUUAAGGUGAAAGGUUUUUUAAGUUGGUUCUUGGAUCCGCCAACCUUCCGGAUUCCAAACUGGAAAAAAAAAUUCUUUUUUUGGAGAAGUCUUGGAUUUGCUGACCAACAAUUUACUGAUAAAUGUUUUAAAAAGUUUCUUUUGCUCCGCUGUCACUAGCAAAGUCCCUGAUUGCAGUUUGUGAGUUUUGGUCUUUGUUUGCCAGUGCUAGUGGUAUUAAUAAUAUUAAUCUGAAUAUUAGUGUUCUUGAUAUUGACACGUUAUUGAAUUUAAGUGUGUCAAAUUAAAAAUACCCGGUAUUCACUACUACCAGUCAGGUUACUGUUAUUGAGCACUUAACUGAAGAUAAAACUGAAGUAUAAAGUGGUAUAAUUACCAGGAGUAAUACAUUUACAUUGUAUAACCUAAACCCACUUUAAUAGAAUGUUACUAAAAAUAAUGUCCAUUGAACUCCAAUCAGUGUAUCUCAGAGUCACAAUAUUCUCACACACAGAGUCACAAUUUUCAUAAUCUCACACACAUGUAAAGCUACAGUUUUAAGAAAUUUAAUAAAUUUAAUAUUCGUCGAAAAUGUUUUUUGUGUAGAUCAGCCUUAAGUACACAGAGGUCCUGAUGUUGGUCCCAGCAGAAUCUCUCUUAAAUGUGCAUGUACAUGUACAGUGAAAAGUGAAAUUUGAUGCAGAGAUUUUCAAGUAUUAUUACAGGGACCAUUAGGUAAAAGGAACUUUUUUCAGUAAAAUGACAAAAUUCAGUUUACAAAGUGGUUGACAAUAAUAUUUGAGAUACAUGUAUUAUAAUGAAGGGCCCACUUUAGUAUUUCAGCAUUUUAAUCAAUGUAGGUGAAUGUACAUGGACAUACUUGUACCAUUGACAAACAGUACAGCAUUUAUAAUUACCAUUUACGGUAUUUAACAAUAACUCCCUCCUAUUUAUCAUAUUUCUAUGACAAAAGCAGCACUGUCUUACAUGCAUCCUGUACUUUGAAUCAUGCAUGCACAUACUGUUCAUGAAUAAUUUAUGGCCAGGUUAUAUACAUGUAGUACUUGUAGACUUACUGUGCAGGUUUGAGCAAUGUUGUCUCUACACUGAGUACAUGUUAUUAUUUUACAUAGUAAGUUUCUAAUAUGAAUAUUUUAUUAACCCUGUGAAGUAUGGUUAAAGCAUCCAGGUUUAUGUACAUUUGUAUUUUCGUAUUUAAGUACAUGUAUGUUUCAUUCUUGUAAAGUGGUGUACAUGUAAUGAUCUUCCAAUCAUUGGUUCUUACAUGUAAUUUGAUUGUAAUGUAUUUAAUAAUAAUAUAGACCAUUAUUACUAAUUAUACUGCCAACUACAUGUAAAUCAGCCUCAAUUCUUAAGAAUCAUGUACAUGUACAUGUAGCAAGCAAUCAGUCGAGAAGCACUUUUACAGACCACUUUUACAGAGCACAUCACAUGAAAAGUUAGCUGGUUAUUAUUUAAGCAAAUGUUUGUGCUUAGCCAUUUGAAGUUUCAGAAUGCAGUGCCCACAACUCUUAGGUUUCGUUGUGAGAUGUACUCCAUUGCGUAUUCCACCCAUCAGUAGAAGUCCAAAAAUUAAAGGCUUUAAAAAAUAAAAGAAAUCAAAGU